AUUGACCCAACCAGGUCAAUUCAUCAAUUGCAUCAAAAUUCAAACAAAUCCCUAAUCGUCGAUAACUUCUUGUCACUCUCAUCACUUACAUAUUCUUCCUCUCUCUGCAACAACUCACACACAAAUCUCUCUCUACACACAUCUCGCCGAGUAUUAUUAAUCUCAUCUGUUAACCGACGUCGUUUUUAUCGCUGAGUUAGUGUACAAUUAGUAACGGAGCUGAAACCCUAGGGCUAUGAAGCAGCGAGGCGAUUGAUCAGCGCACAGGUUUUGAUUGUGUAUCUAUAUGGAGGGAGGUAGCGUCUCUACACUUACUUGUUAUGGCAUUCACCGAUGGAUUAUGACAAUGAUGCCUUUCAAGACCAUUAUCAUAGGUUAAGUGGUGAAAAGAGCUCCACUCCGCAUCCAGUUUUGCGUCCUUAUGAUCUUCCGAAAUUUGAUUUUGAUGAUAACCUCCAAACUCAUCUAGGAUUUGAUAGUUUGGUUGAGAACGAAGUUUUCCUUGGAAUUUCAACUCAGGAAGAAAAUCAGUGGAUUGAGGAUAUUUCUCGGGUUAGUAGUGGAAUUGAAUUUACUUCUAGUGCAACAGAAUCCUGUUCCAUUUCAAGGCGUAAUGUUUGGUUUGAGGCAACAUCUUCUGAAUCCGUUGAAAUGUUAUUAAAAGCAGUCGGACAGGAAGAAGGUGUCCUUGAAGAAGCUGUUAUAGAGGAAUCAUAUGCUGUCAAUGAACUGGGUAAGUUAACAAAGGAAAUGGAGCCUAUAUUAAAUCAAAAUGAUAAAGUGGAGGAGAAUGUCCUCCUACAACCUGCAUUACCACUAGACAUUGUUACGGAUGGGCAGGUAGAUAGUGCUGUGGCUGAUCAUUCUAGUGUUGUAAGUACUUCAGAAGCUCAAAGAGAUGAUCCUGUUGGUGUGGUUGUAAAUGAGGAGAACAUUGAACCUGAUAGUAAAUGUGAUGAUGCUGAUAAUAUGGAAGUUGAAAAUUCAAUCAAUCAAUCACCAGCUGACAAUCCCAAGGAAUCUCCUUCUGUCUCGAGGUUACAUUUAGAGAUGGUAAACAUAGAGAAUGCGAGCUCUGUUUCACAAACUGUUAUUCUGAAGUCUGGAGAAAUGAACAAUCAAGAGAAAAGUGAUCAAGCUACUGUUGUUUUUACUGAAUCUGUAGAUGCCAUGCUUGUAGACAACUCGGAAGGAGUGGUGGAGCAUAAAGUUCAGAGCAAAGAGUCCGCUGUGGUUGAUGAAACAGUAAGUGGAAACACAGGAGAAACUUCUGCCGACAGGGUAAAAUAUCCUCACUGUGUUGAUACAAGGGUGGAGCCUCUGAUAGAGAAGAAAGAGGAGUUUUACAUCACCACUUCAGAGGAGCCUUCAGAAUCACCUAGCAAGGUGGACAGUCACAUUUAUGUGUGUAAAGAAUCUAGUAAUGAUAUUGCCUCCAUAGAUAUUUCUAAGCAUUUAAAAGCUGUGGUUUGUUCUGAAAAUCCUGAACCUCUGCGUGAGUACUGUCCUUCAGUCUCUCAAGGUGAUAGGAGUUCCAAUGAUAAGGUGGUUGAGGCUAAAGAUGCGGAACCUGUUCUUUCUGCUACUCCAGAGCUUGAGACAGGUUCUGUUGAACAUAGUAAGUGUCUUGGCAAUCAAGUGGCUUGCUCGGAGAGCCAGAACAUUGACAUCUGCAAUAAUAAGGUUGAAACUUUAUCUCGUCCAGAGAUGGAGAUGGAUUCCAAGGUGAAGGAUAAGUUUAUUGAAAAUAACCAUCAAAGCGAUACAAAUGUUUUAUCAGUGGCGUCUGUAGGUCAUGAGGCUGGUAAACAGGAUGUUAGAAGUGGUGAAGCUCCUAUUGGAGGUCUUUCUAGUUUGACGAGUACAUGCUCUUCAUCUUCAUUGCUUAUGGAACAGCCUUCGAAUAAAAGUUAUAUAGGUGAAGGUUGUAAAUCACCUCUUGCACCUGGCGAAUCAGUAAAGCUGAAAGAUAAAGAAAUUAACUCUGCGGAGGUUGUUGAAUCCAAAGUUGUUGGUUUAUUGCAUUCUGAUGAAUGUAGCGAAGUAAAUGUUAUUAAACCUCCCGUGUUAGAAUUUAUUGGCACCAAAGAACAAGCUGAAGAAGUUAAUUUCAUUGAGCAGGCUUCAUCUGAAGUUGGGGUAAAUUCUGUGGACGAUGAUAGAACCUCUGCGGCAGAUACUGAAGCCCGUGGAGACAAAGACUUUUCGUGUCUGAACAAAUCUUUAGAAUCGGCGACUGGACUAAAGCCAGUGAAUGAAUAUAGUAAAGCUAGCCAGAGUGACCAAGAAGCAACUGAAGCUGGUAAAGAAUGCUCUGAGAAGCUGGAACUGUGUUCUGUUUCAGUCGCUUCGACUACGAAACCUACUGAUGCCACUGCAGCAGCAGAAAGCGAUAACAAUAAUGAUAUACCAAAGGAGAUAAAUGCUAAAGUGGCAUUGGUAGAAUCCCCAGAAGCUGUGCUGGUUUCUGUAGCGGAACCCUGUUUGUAUCAGAGAAGAAAUGAUCAUGAAGUUAUUGUGGCAUCUGAGACUCAGAUUACUGAACCGAUUGCACCUAGCACCAAAGAUGGCCUUCAAGCUUCUGUUGCUCUUGCCUGUCCUACCACACAUGCUUGUGACAGUAUAGAUAUCAAAGAGACAACAAAUGACAGUUCUCAGCAUAUUGAGUCUGCCAAUGCUGAUGGAACAACUAUGUCUGUUCCCUUGCAUCUAGAAAUUGAAGCCACCAGAGAACCGAGUAGCUUUACCUUCGAUGUCUGUCCAUCCAGUGCUCCAUAUGAAGGGAAAGAAAGUGGGUCUUUCCUAUCAUUUCCCAGCAUCCAGGAUUUGAAGGAAUCUCCUGUGACACCUAAGAGCACCCAGAUGGUGCCGGAGGUUUCUCAUAAGACUCCUCAGGCACCUCUGGUCACAGAAGGGAAGGCACAUGCAGGUGUUAAAGUAACUCCUGAGCGUAAAACUAGGCGAGCUUCUAGCAAGGCAACGGUAAGAAGUGCCAAGAAAGGAAACAGUGUGAAGGAAGUUACAUCUGGAAGUCAAUUAGAUAAAGUGGAUAAAUCGCCAGUGUCCAUUCAUACUCCCAGGACAGGGCAGUCUGUACAGUUUAAAGACUUAAAGCCCUGUAGUGAUGUUGCAAGAAGUGGAACAAAACCAUUGGCCUUUCUUCCUAUACCCACAUCCAAUCUUCUGGAUUUAAAUACAUCGGUUCCUUCAGCUGCAUAUUUCCAGCAGCCUUUUACAGAUCUUCAGCAAGUGCAAUUACGAGCACAGAUAUUUGUUUAUGGGUCUCUAAUACAAGAGUCUGCACCUGAUGAAGCAUGCAUGAUCUCCGCUUUUGGUCAAUCUGAAGAUGGUGGGAAUGUUUGGGGACCGACGUGGCGCGCCUGUGUUGAAAGGGUUAUAUCUCAUAAAUCUCAUGCCAGCAAUAUGGAAACCCCUAUACAGUCAGGUUUGAAGGCUUCUGGUCAACUGGAUAAACACAGUACUCUUCGAAAUAAAGUUCUCCCUUCACCUUCUGGUCGAGCUAGCAGCAAGAGUAUGCCAGCACCAUCUGCCACUCCUAUUAUACCUUUAUCCUCGCCCUUAUGGAAUGUGUCUACCCCUUAUGAUGGUUUGCAGUCUAGUGGCAUGCCAAGAGGGGGGCCUGUCGAUUAUCAUUAUCCACUUACUCCAUUGGAGUCCUAUCAGGUUCCUGGUACAAGGAAUUUCGUUGGAAAUACUCCCUUGUGGCCCUCUCAGAGCCCUGUAUCAAGUACAUGGAUCAAUUCUCCACAAACAUCUACCUCUGAUGCAAAUGCCUGCAUCUCUUUACUUCCCAGUACAGAACCUGUGAAGCAAACCCCUUCCAAAGAUUUAUCUGUGCCAAGUUUUCCUGGCAUGAACAUUGCAUUACUUCAGCCUGUUCCCCAGGAUAGCAGCGGUACUGCUGUUUUGCCUCGUACUUCCUUGCCUGAUAUGAGUAAAGUGGCAGCCAUUCCUCGGACUGCUGAUUCGAUGCCUAAAAAGAGUAAGAAAGUUCUUACUUCUGAAGGCUCUGGCCAUAUCCCACCGCUUGUUUUCAACCAGGGAGUGUCAGUCUGGCCUCCUGGUGUUAAUAGUCAGUUCUCUCCUGCUCCUGAGAUUGUUAGCCAGAAGUUGUUGCUUCCUCAAUGUCGUACAGAAUCAGUUCAAACUGCUGCUGUUAGUAGCCUCUUCUCUACAUCAGUUGCUGUUACUGCUGAUCGUUCCAAACCUGCAAGCAGUCCUAGCAAUUUUCCUGCAGCUGUGUCUUCCGUAUAUAGGGGCGAUCAACCUAAUAGAAUGGAUCAGAAUCUGGAGAAAAGUAUUAUCCCAAAAGAGGCAUCAAGUACAGUUGAGGAGGCUAAGCGAUACGCAGAGACUGCUGCAGCACAUGCUGCCAAUGCUGUUAGUCACUAUCAUGAUAUUUGGAGCCAGUUGGCCAAACAGAAGGAUCCGGGUGUGAUAGAUGAUGUUGAAGCUAAGCUUGCUUCUUCAGCUGUGGCAAUAACAGCGGCUACUUCUGUUGCCAGGGCAGCAGCUGCGGCAGCUAUGAUUGCAUCAAAUGUUGCUGUCCAAGCGAAACUAAUGGCCGAUGAGGUAGCUCUCUCAAGUGCAGUGGUGGAUACAACUGGCAACACUAGUUUAAGUGAUGCAACUUCUUCAGCCGUUUUAAAGAGAGGGGAUGGAAGUGUGGGUCCAAGCUCAAUUAUUGCAGUUGCAAGGGAAGCAGCUAAGAGGAGGGUUGAAGUUGCUUCAGCUGCCUCAAAACAUGCUGAAAAUCUAGACGCCAUUGUGAAAGCAGCUGAGCUGGCAGCAGAAGCAGUAUCUCAAGCCGGAAAGAUACUUUCUGUUGGCGGUCCUUUGCCUUUAAGUGAGUUGAAAAAAUUAGCUCCAGUGGGUUCUGAAAGGAGUGCAGAUGUACACAUUGUUGACUGCGAUCAACCAAAAGCUUUUAGUAUUGAGCUUUUUAAUUUUUCAACUGAAGAACCCAAAGGUGGACCAUCUAGUGCGGAGUCCAAGAAAACUGGUAAAGUGCCUAGCCAGAAAAAGGAACUGCCCAAGGCUCAAAGAGGUUGCAGGGCCUCUGAGUUGGCCAAAACAACGGGUGUCGUCCCUGAAGCAGAGGCUGUACUAAGAUCUAAUUUAGCUACUUCUGAUGAUGCGUGCGCUAAUGCAGUUGGACCAUCAAUUGAAAAUGGGAUGAAGGAGGGCUGCCUCGUUGAGGUAUUCAAAGACGGUGGCGUAUUUAAAUCAGCAUGGUAUUCGGCCACUAUAUUGGAGUUGAAGGAUGGAAAAGCUUUGUUGUGUUACACUGAUCUUCAAGCAGAAGAUGGGACUGGGCAGUUGAAAGAAUGGGUGCCCCUUCAAGGUGAUUAUACUAGCAUGCCAACAGUUCGUAUUGCCCAUCCUACAACCGCUAUAAAAUCUGAUGGAACCAGUAGGAAACGAAAAGCAUCAGUGAUGGAUUGUUCCUGGUUAGUUGGAGACAGAGUGGACGUGUGGAUGCAUGACUGCUGGCGUGAGGGAGUUGUAAAGGAGAAAAGCCAAAAUGAUGAGACUACAUUAACAAUUGAUAUUCCAGCGCUUGGGGACACGUCCAUUGCAAGGGCUUGGCAUCUCCGGCGGACCCUCACUUGGCUGGACGGGAAGUGGACUGAGUGGUCCAGUCCAAGGCAGCACUCCCCAUCCCAGGAAAAUUUGCCGCAGGAAAAAAGAGUGAGGCUGGGUAGUCCAAUAGAGGCCAAAGGGAAGGAAAAAAUUUCAAAAGGUGUUGAUUUUGUUGAAUCAAGGAUACAUGAAGAGUCAAGACUACUGCCUAUAUCCGAAAACGAGAAAGAAUUUGAUAUUGGUAAGAAUACAGUGCAUGAGAAUAGACAAGGGUCACGAAGGACACUGAGAACUGGUUUGCAGAAAGAAGGUCCAAGGGUGGUUUUUGGUGUUCCUAAACCAGGAAAGAAACGAAAAUUUAUGGACGUAAGCAAACAUUUUGAUUCUGAUCAGAGCAGGAAGAAUAUGACGACAGAUGAUUCGGUUAAAUUGGCAAGAUAUAUGGCACCUCAAGUGAGGGGAUCCCGUGGAUGGAAAAAUUCUGCCAAAAUUGACCUGAAAGAAAAGCAAGUUGCUGGAGACAAAGCAAAAGUUCUUAAAUCUGGGAAACCACCAAUUGCCUCUGGUAGAACUCAGCGUCGAAAAGAUAAUUACUUGGCCUCCACUAAAUCUUCACGCGCUGCUAUGGUAACAGAUAAAACAUCAGAUGAAGCUAUAAGCAGUGAAGAGAACGAUACUAGUCAUGACAACCUAAUGGAAUUUGGAUCUGUUUCCGAUUCUCAGGAUACAUCAGAAGGUCAAACUUUAGUUGCUCCUAAAAAAGGAUCCUCAUCUAAUGCUAGAAUUGAAAGGCACAAUAAAGGAAAUAGUGUAUCUUCUGGUGGAAGAAUGGGUAAAAAAAAUGAACUGCAGGAAAAAUUAGUUUCUGAGUUCGGUGAACCACGUAGAUCGAAUCGUACAAUACAACCAACUUCAAGGCUACUCGAGGGAUUGCAAAGCUCGCUGUCCAUUACAAAGAUACCUUUUUCAUCCAGCAAAAGUCACAGAAGCCAAAGCAGGAGUAAAUUUUGAUUGGAUUUACUAAGAAGAGGAGAUUUCCGGUAGAACGAUGAUCUGCUCCAGCAACUGAUAACUGGUUGACCUGUGUGUGAUAUUUAUAUUUGUAGCUGAGAGUAAAAGUAGGAGAUAUAUGCUUUGCUGUGCUUAAGAUGUAGAAAAUGUUCAAUGUGCUUCCUGGUGAUCAAGCUGUAGAAAGUAGGCUAGGUUGUAGAUGUUUAUAUAUGUUUAGUUACUGAGCAUUUUAUGUUGUGAUAUUUGGGAUUAUGCCCUUGUACGAUAGGUUGCAUAUGGUUGUUAGUUAUCACCAUGUGAAGUUAAAUAUGCAUAUAUUUCUAAUUUGUUCUUUUUGCA